AUGGCGUCUGCCGCCUCCUUCUCUAUAUCCUACCUUGUGAACUACCUAAAGUCCUCCUUCCCCGACCCCGUCGUCCAACAUGUCCAGGACAUCUUCGCGCCCGGCUCUCAGUUCAGAGAAGACGUGGGCUGGUUCGGCGGCUGGAUCUCCAGCGUGGUGAACAAGAGCCUCUGGCCGACCCUCGAGCCGACGGUGAAUAGGUUCGCCGAGUUCCUGCACCACUCCCCCGAGAUGGUCUCCGCGAUCGUGGUGCUGCUGGUGAUUUUUGUCUCGAUCCAGAUCGUCAGGUUGAUGCACAGGGUGGUGAGGUUUUGGACGAGGUUGCUGGUCAGGCUGGCUUUUUGGGGGGUGGUGGGGUUGGUGGUUAGUAUGGCGUGGGAUAGGGGGUUGGAGCAGAGCAUAAGGGACUUGGUCUUGGUGGGCACGGGGUUGUACAGAUGGGGAAAGAGGGCGGGGCAGGUCUUUUGGGAUGAGUAUGAAAAGGCUCAGAGGGAGGUUCAGGAUGAUUGGAAGGGUUGGUGA